ACGGAUCCCGAGAGAAUGCGCACGGCUUCGUGAGAUGUGUAGCCACCCCCUGUGCGUCUCGCGAGGAGCGGGCGUCAGAACUGACAUUCUUGAAUACAGUAAACUGUCGCGAAAUGCCUCUUCUACCAGUAUCUUUCAUUCAUUAUUUUCUGUCUUGUCACUCGUUCCAAGCUUGAGCAUCUGGGUUGCUCUUACAUUCGUUUCUUCCACAUCAGUCUCUUUAUUUGUCUAGAUUCCAUUUCUGUUGCAAUAUCAAGAUGCGUUUCCUCAUUCUUAUGGCUACUUUACUCCCCAUGGGACUGGCGCAGGUCGUUGGCAAGCCGUCUGGUUUCGCUACUGGCACCACCGGCGGUGGCAGCGCUAAGCCCGCUGUUCCAAAGGACAACGCCGAGCUUGUCAAGUGGUUGACGGACGAUAUUCCCCGUGUCAUCAUGCUCAACAAGACGUACGACUUCAACGCCGCGGAGGGAAAGAAGACGGAGACUGGCUGCCGUCCAGCCAGCAACACUUGCAGAAGCAAGGGCCAGGACGCUCUCAACGGCCCCAACUGGUGCAGUGCCAGCUACCCCAAAGUCCGCGUCACUUACAACGUCGCCCCCACCAAGCCAAUUGACAUCAAGGGCAACAAAUCCAUCGUGGGUGUUGGCAAUAAAGGCGUAAUCCGGGGUAAGGGUUUCCGUCUCGUCAACGUCAAAAACAUCGUCAUCCAAAACGUCCACUUCACCGACCUGAACCCGCAGUACAUCUGGGGCGGUGAUGCUCUCCAGCUCGCCGGCACAGAUAUGGUCUGGAUCGACCACUGCAAGUUCUCGCUCGUCGGCCGCCAGAUGAUCGUAACUGGCUACGCAUCCGCCGGCCGCGUCACCCUUUCCAACAACGACUUCGACGGCCGCACGUCCUGGUCCGCAUCCUGCAACGGCCAGCAUUACUGGACGCUCCUCCUGCUGGGCGACGGCGACAAAAUCACCUUUGCUAACAAUUACGUGCACUCGGUCUCUGGCCGUGCCCCCAAGAUUGGCGGCAAAGUCACCUUUCAUGCUGUCAACAACUACUUCGCCGACAGCAAGGGUCACAAUUUCGAUACCGAGCCUGGCAGUAAUGUGCUCCUUGAGGGCAACUUCUUCCAGGAUUGCAAGACGCCUAUGGUUGCUGCUGACGCCACACACGCUAAAGGUAAUAUAUUCAAUGUACCGGAUAGCGCUGCUGCAUCGCUGUGUACGGCCGCGCUGGGCAGGGUGUGUAUGCUCAACCAGUUGUCUGGCUCGGGCAAGUUUCCAUCUCAAAAGAAUGCCAGUGUUAUGAAGGUUUUCAAUGGUGUGAGGAACGCACCGGUUGCUACUUCUGCGAGGAUUGUGCCGAAUAAUGUUUCCAAGAGAGCUGGUGUGGGCAAGAUCUCGAAUUGAGCUGUUUAAGAUGCGCUCUUCGGUACAUGUCGUCGUCUAAGAUCAGCGUCUAAUAAGAUAGUUCAGCGCUGAUUAAGUACUAGAUAAAAUCCACCCCUCGAGUGCUGUUACGCAAGUGUUCCAUAAUAUAUGAACAUCUUUAUCUCUGCUAAUUGCCAUCUUGAUUAAAAUGUGACGUCAAC